ACAGCAAUUGAUUAAUCAAUACUUUGUGAAGAUUCUUCAGUCUUCACCAAUCACUGCCGCAAGCCCGCAAGCCCCAUCGAUAUCACCACCUUCAUUAUCGCCAUGAAUUUCAUACCCUUGCGGCGAGCGUAGCUGCUGCGUUCUUCACUCAUCAAUGAUGUUGCGUUCAUCAACUAGAGCUUCUCUGCGCUUCUUUCGGCAGCAAUCUCAAUUUGGGAUGAUGUUCAAAAUCGGCUUGGAGCCCGAUGUGGUCACAUUGAACACCAUUGUUAAUGGUCUUUGUAUUGAAGGCAAUGUGGAUUAUGCUAUUUGGUUUCUUGACCACAUGGAUUACAUGGGAUAUCAACCCGACUCCCACACCUUUGGAGCAAUUAUAAAUGGAUUGUGCAAGAUGGGCUACACCCCUGCUGCCAUUGCCAUUCUAAGGAAGGCAGAAACAAGAAAGUGCAAACCAAGUAUUGAUGUUACGGGUUAUAAUGCAAUUGUGGAUAGUCUUUGCAAGGAUGGGCUGGUUUCUGAGGCUUUGAGUCUAUUCUCCGAAAUGACAACGAAAGGUAUACAACCCAAUACUAUCACUUACAAUCGCUUGAUUCAAGGGCUCUUUACUUUCAGCAGAUGGCAGGAGGCUGCGUCUUUACUGAGCGAGAGGAAACAAAAGGGAAUUAUGCCGGAUACACAUACUUUUAAUAUUUUAAUGGAUGCUCUUUGUAAGGAGGGAAAGAUUUCGAGUGCUAGAGCCAUACUUGGUCAAAUGGUACGAAUGGGAAACGAUCCCGAUGUUGUCACCUAUCACUCAAUGAUUGCUGCUUAUUGUUCCCAAAAUCAAAUGGAGGAGGCCAUGAAAGUAUUUGAUUUGAUGGUUCACAAGGGAUGCGUACCAGAAGUCUACACUUAUAAUUCAUUAAUCCAUGGGUGGUGCAAGAUCAAAAGGAUUAAUAGGGCUAUUUAUCUCUUGGAUGAAAUGAUCGAUAAAGGUUUAAAUCUGAAUGUUGUGACUUGGAAUACUCUUAUCCAUGGAUUUUGCAAAGCGGGUAAACCGUUAGCUGCUAAAGAAUUGUUUUUUACAAUGCACAAAUUUGGUCAAUAUCCUGAUCUAUCGAGCUGUGCCACUAUAUUGGAUGGCCUAUUCAAAUGUCAUUUGUUUUCUGAUGCAAUAUCAUUAUUUAGAGAAAUUGAGAAGAAUAAUUUGGAUCUUAAUAUUGAAAUUUACAAUGUGGUGCUCGAUGGGAUGUGCCGUGCUGGAAAACUGAAUGAUGCGUGUGAACUCUUCUCUUGUCUGCCAGCAAAAGGCUUGAAACCUGAUGUAUAUACUUAUACAAUAAUGAUCCAAGGUCUAUGCAGGGAAGGACUUCUGAUUGAUGCUGAAGAGUUGCUGAUGAAUAUGGAAGAGCAUGGCUGCUUGCCAAAUAGCUGCACAUAUAAUGUCUUCAUCCAAGGCUUACUACCACGAAAUGCUGUUCUGAUGUCAAUAAAAUAUUUUAAAAUUAUGAAAGAAAAAGGUUUUGCAGCAGAGGCUAGAACCAUGGAAUUGCUUGUAGAUUACCUCUCUACGCACAAAGGAGAGAUUGCUUUUCAAGAAUUUGUGCAGAAAAUUGUUUGAAUAUAUCAAUAUAACCUCUUAGUUCUUCAUUUGAAUUGAGGAUUCGAUGUUGUGUAGAAACCGAUACUUCCAUGUUGCUUUUUGUUUUCAAAUUGGACCCGGCAGACUAAGAAUCUCCUUCUUGAAAAGGUUAUGCAAUGUAUAA